AUGAUCGAUUAUUCGCAGUGCGAUCAAUAUGCGACACCGGUCUAUCUGCAGCCAGCAGCAUACAGCUUUGAAUUUCCAAAGUCCGCGGGUGAUGUUCAGCAAGAGCCCCCGGUUUACCAUUUUGAAAACGCUACAAAGUUCAUCGAUCCUUCGUGGCAAAAUCCCAACAACCUUACUUUCAAGCAAUGCGUCCUUGAUUUUACCUUGCCGUCAGCCAUAUCUCCGCCAAUAUACAUCUAUUACCGACUCACAAAUUUCUAUCAGAAUCAUCGUCAAUAUAUCAAGAGCUACGAUGCGAACCAACUAUUUGGCCAUCCAGUGUCUGCCGGUACUGCCAGAACGAACUGUGAUCCUCUGGCUGUAAAUGGGAAUAAUCAGGUCAUCUAUCCUUGCGGCUUGAUCGCUAAUUCAAUGUUUAACGAUACGAUCUCCAAUCUGACAUCUGUUAAUGCACCUCAAGAUUUAAGCUACGGUUUCUCCAAAAAAGGAAUAGCAUGGCCUACCGACAAGCAAAAAUACGGACCUACGCGGUACCAGGUUUCACAAAUCGUUCCACCACCAAACUGGGCCCUCCGUUAUCCUGAUGGCAAGUAUACGGAACAAUAUCCACCUCCCGAUCUGUCACAAGAAGAACCAUUUAUGGUAUGGAUGCAUGUGGCCGCAUUGCAUGAUUUUCGCAAGAUUUGGGGACGGAACGACCAUGACAAGUUAUUCGCGGGAAGAUGGCGUGUGCGCAUCGAUAUGAGUAUGAUGAUCAAAACGAUGUAG